CAUGUGACCGGCAAGAUGGCUGCCUUCCCGUGGCACCCCAGGAACCGCGACUACAAGGCCGAGUUGGCGUCCUGCCGCCUGGAGGCGGUGCCGCUGGAGCUGGGCGACUACCACCCCCUGAAGCCCAUCACCGUGACUGAGUCGAGGACCACGAAGGUGAGCCGGAAGGGGAGCACCUCUUCCGCCUCCUCCUCGUCCUCCAGCUCCGUGGUGGACCCGCUGAGCAGCGUCCUGGACGGCACCGACCCACUCUCCAUGUUCGCAGCCACAGCGGAGCCCCUGGCCACAGCGGCCGCCACGGACAGCUCCAGAAAGAAACGGGACAGAGACGACGGCUCCGUCCUGGGGUUGGACUUCGAGCCUUGGGCCAACAAGCGCGGAGAGAUCCUGGCCCGCUACACCACCACGGAGAAGCUGUCAAUUAACCUAUUCAUGGGAUCAGAAAAAGGCCGAGCCGGGACCGCCACGUCCGCCAUGUCUGAGAAGGUCCGGAUCCGGCUGGAAGAGCUGGAUGACUUUGAGGAGGGCUCCCAGAAGGAGCUGCUGAAUCUGACCCAGCAGGACUACGUGAACCGCAUCGAGGAGCUGAACCAGUCGCUGAAGGACGCCUGGGCCUCGGAUCAGAAAGUGAAAGCGCUCAAAAUAGUCAUCCAGUGCUCCAAGCUGCUCUCGGACACCAGCGUCAUCCAGUUCUACCCCAGCAAAUUCGUGCUCAUCACAGACAUCCUGGACACCUUUGGAAAGCUCGUGUACGAGCGCAUCUUCUCUAUGUGCAUGGAGAACCGAAGCGCCUUUCCAGAUCAGUUCGCCCCCGAGAAUGUCACCGACACGGCCAAGGAGACGUGCCUGAAUUGGUUCUUCAAGAUCGCGUCCAUCCGAGAGCUGGUCCCCAGAUUUUAUGUAGAAGCGUCCAUCCUCAAGUGUAACAAGUUCCUCUCCAAAAUGGGGAUCUCAGAGUGUCUGCCCCGGCUGACGUGCAUGAUCCGAGGUAUCGGAGACCCGCUGGUGUCGGUGUAUGCCAGGGCCUACCUUUGCCGGGUGGGCAUGGAGGUGGCGCCUCGGCUCAAGGAAAGCCUCAACGAGAACUUCUUUGACUUUCUGCUCACCUUCAAGCAGAUCCACGGGGACACGGUCCAGAACCAGCUGGUGCUCCAGGGCGUGGAACUGCCGUCCUACCUGCCCCUGUACUCGCCGGCCAUGGACUGGAUCUUCCAGUGCAUCUCCUACCACGCGCCGGAGACUCUGUUAACUGAAAUGAUGGAGAGAUGUAAGAAGCUAGGAAAUCACGCCCUGCUGCUGAACUCCGUGAUGUCUGCUUUCCGCGCCGAGUUCAUCGCAGCCCGCUCCAUGGAUUUUAUUGGCAUGAUCAAGGACUGUGACGAGUCUGGUUUCCCCAAGCAUCUUCUCUUCCGCUCCCUGGGGCUGAACUUGGCCUUGGCUGACCCCCCCGAGAGCGACCGCCUCCAGAUUCUCAAUGAGGCCUGGAAAGUCAUCACGAAACUGAAGAAUCCACAGGACUAUGUCAGCUGCGCUGAGGUGUGGGUCGAGUACACCUGCCGGCACUUCACAAAACGGGAGGUGAACACGGUCCUGGCCGACGUCAUCAAGCACAUGAACCCUGACCGGGCUUUCGAAGAUUCCUACCCGCAGCUUCAGUCGAUAAUCAAGAAAGUGAUCGCCCACUUCCACGACUUCGCAGUGCUUUUCUCAGUGGAAAAAUUCCUGCCAUUUCUGGACAUGUUCCAAAAGGAGAAUGUGCGGGUGGAGGUUUGCAAAUGCAUCAUGGAAGCCUUUAUCAAGCACCAGCAAGAACCCACCAAGGACCCCGUCAUCCUGAACGCCCUCCUGCACGUCUGCAAGACCAUGCACGACUCCGUGAAUGCUCUCACACUGGAGGACGAGAAGCGGACCCUGGCGUAUCUGAUCAACGGCUUUAUAAAAAUGGUCUCCUUCGGCCGUGACUUUGAACAGCAGUUGAGUUUCUAUGUGGAGGCCAGGUCCAUGUUCUGCAACCUGGAGCCGGUCCUGGUGCAGCUGAUCCACAGCGUCAACCGGUUGGCCAUGGAAACCAGGAAAGUGAUGAAAGGAAAUCAUUCCAGAAAGACGGCCGCGUUUGUGCGGGCCUGCGUCGCCUACUGCUUCAUCACCAUCCCCUCCCUGGGGGGCAUCUUCGCGCGCCUCAACCUCUACCUGCACUCCGGCCAGGUCGCCCUCGCCAACCAGUGCCUCUCCCAAGCCGACGCCUUCUUCAAAGCUGCCAUCGGCCUGGUUCCCGAGGUCCCGAAGACCAUCAGCGUGGAGGGCAAGCUGCGGCCGUCAGAGCCCUUCCUGCUCGAGUUCCUCUGCAACUUCUUCUCGACACUGCUCAUCGUGCCGGACCACCCCGAGCAUGGGGUCCUGUUCCUGGUGCGGGAGCUUCUCAACGUGAUCCAGGACUAUGCGUGGGACUGCGGCGGCGACGACAGGGUGCGGCUGUACACGUGCGUGCUGCACCUGCUGGCAGCCAUGAGCCAGGAGACCUACCUCUACCACAUAGACAAGGUGGACUCCAACGACAGCCUCUAUGGCGGGGACUCCAAGUUCCUGGCAGAAAACAACAAGCUGUGCGAGACGGUGAUGGCGCAGAUCCUGGAGCACCUGAAAGCCCUCACCAAGGAUGAGGCCCUGAAGCGCCAGAGCUCGCUGGGCCUGUCCUUCUUCAACAGCAUCCUGGCCCACGGCGACCUGCGCAACCACCGGCUCAACCAGCUCUCCGUCAGCCUGUGGCACCUGGCGCAGAGGCACGGCUGUGCCGACCCCCGGGCCAUGGUGAAGACUCUGGAGUACAUCAGGCAGCAAAGCAAGCAGCCGGAGAUGGCUCACCUGACGGAGCUGGCCCUCCGGCUCCCGCUGCAGAGCAGGACCUGACCUCGCGGCCCGGCCAGGGCCUGGGCUCAGGGCACGCCUAGGAAGGCCACGUCUCUGCCGGUCCUCACACACACGGGGCGCAACGAUCGUCAUCGCAGCCUCCCUGACGCAGCCUCCCGGAGCACCCUGAGCACAUGGGCCGCCACAGGGGAGGGGGGGUGUGGGUGAGCCCGAGGAGCGGCAGCGCCACCCGCCUUGUGCCCACAAAGUGCUCAGGCCCCAGCGAUGGAACCCUGCCUUGAGCGCAGAGGGCUGGGUGGCCCAGAGAACAUUUCCUGUCCCGUGCAGCUCUUUUCGGACUCCGACCAUGGCCGUGGGUGGCAGAGAAAGAAGCGUCUACCACAAGGCCCCCGCGGCUUCUGGACGUGAAUAAUCCUCAAGGAACAUGUUGCGUUUCUGCGGGUCCCAUUGCUGCGACUCUUCAUCCGGGACGAGCAAGUUAGUCACUGCGGCAGCCGCGAUCCCAGACCACCCGCCCAGGACCUGCUGACCUCCCUGCUCCCGAGCUGCCAGGCUGAGAGAGGAGGAGAUUAGUGCGGCCCGGGGGCCACCGCCUCCAGCGCGGCUCAGGAGCAGGGCUGCCAGGCUGUGGGUCGUAAAAGCCCCCCGCUGCUCUUCUGGAAGCCUUGCAUCAGGCAGACUGGCACUUCGUCUGCGCUGGAAAAUGCACGAGACAGUUCCUCUCGGACCUCUUGACCCCCCACGUCAGUGUGGACCUGCUGCAGUCUGGUCACGAGCCUCCCGGGGCUUUCCUGGCCUACCCAACGGCCUUCCACGUCCCAUACCAUCGCCUAGGCCACCCCAUCGCCCUUUACGACCUAAUACAGAAACUCGGAGAGCACAGUGGU